AUGACAAAGAAAUUACGUGAACAAACAUACUCUUUUGAGACAGAGGGCGGUGGUCUUUCUUCAAAUUCCACUGUUGCAAACAGACACUCUCAUCACAUCCCUAGGGUUUCUCAACCUGAAGCAUUCUUGGGUGCGGCAACCGACUCGAUUCAACCCAACUUUUUUUCUUUUUCUUUCUUUUUAGAUCGAUUUUCUUUUCUUUCUUUUCUUUUCUUUUCUUUCUUUCUUUCUUUCUUUCUUUCUUUCUGUUUUCAUUCAUUCUUUCUUUCUUUUGUUCAGCCGUUAGUUCUUUCGUUCGUCUUUCUUUCUUUCAUACCUUUCGUUCAUCUUUCUUUCAUUCCUUUUUCGAUCUUUCUUUCGUUUUUCCUUUUGGUUUUUAUUCAUUCUUUCUUCCGUUCAUUCAUUUGUUCGUUCGUCUUUCUUUUCCUUCCUACCUACCCAUCUUUCUUUCUUUCUUUCUUUCUUUCUUUCUUUCUUUCUUUCUUUCUUUCCCUUGUUCGUUCUUUCCGUUCGUUCAUUCAUCCGUUCGUUCUUCCUUUCAGUUUUCAUUCAUUCUUUCGUUCGUUCUUUCGUUUCUCCUUUCUUCCCCACCUCCUACCUUUCUUUCACGCGUUCUUUUUUUUGUUCUUUCGUUUGUUCUUCCUUUCAUUUUUCAUUCAUUCUUUCUUUCGCUCUUCAUCCAGCCGUCCUUUCGUUCGUUCUUUCGUUCCUACUUUUCUUUCUUUCUUUCUUUCUUUCUUUCUUUCUUUCUUUCUUUCUUUUCGGUUCUCUCUUUCACUUUUCAGUCAUUCGUUCUUUCUUUUGUUAACUCGUUCGAUCGUUUGUCCGUUUGCUUGUUCUUUCUUUCUUUCGUUUUUCUUUCCACUGCUAUUUCCUUUUCUUCAUUCUAUCUUUUUCUUUCACUUUUUCUUUUCUUCUUUCUUUAUUACAUUCUUUUUCAUUUUCGUUAUCUUCUUUCUUUUUUUCUUUUAUCCUUCAAAUAUAUUUAUUGUUUUUUCCUCCCUUUCAUUCCCAGCGACAUAUUUACAGUGUUUUAAUAGACUAUUUGUCGCCCUAUUCUUUCUUUUCUCCUUCAUUUUUUCUUUUCUUGCUGCAUUUUAUAGCGUUCUUUUUAUAGCCUAUUUUUCUAUGGCGUUCUUCUCCCUUCUUUUCUCUUUUACUUUUCUCUCUUUCUUUCAUAACCACAUAUUUUCUGACUUCUUGAUUUUGAUUUCUUGCAGAAUAUUUAUUGCCUUCUUAUUUUCUCUGUUUCCAUUUAUAUUUGUCUUCAUCUUUUCUUUCUCUUCUUUCUUUCUUUCUAAGCAGCAUUUUAUUGCGUUUUUCUUUUUCUUCCUUUCCUUUUUUCCUUCCUUCUUUGUUUUCUUUCUUUAUAUAUUUUACUCUUUCUUUCGCUCUUUCUUUCUUUGGUUAUUGCCUGCAUUCUUUUUACGCUGUUUUUUUUUCCUUUUUCUCCUUUCCUUUUUUCUUUCUUUAUUUCUUUACUUCUUAUUCGUCUUCUUUCUUUCUUUCUUUCUUUCUUAUUCGUCUUUUUUCUUUCUUUCUUUCUUUCUUUACUUCUUAUUCGUCUUCUUUCUUUCUUUCUUUCUUUACUUCUUAUUCAUCUUUGCUUUUUUCUUUCGUUAUUCCUUUAUUUAUUUGCUUCUUCUUUGUUUGUUUGUUUCUUUUUUUCUUCUCUUUUCGUUCUUCCUUUCGAUUUUUAUUCAUUCUUUCUUUCGGUCGUUCGUUUAUCCGUUCGUCAUUCUUUCCUUCCUACAUUUAGUUCCUUCUUUUAUGCGUUCUGUCUUUCUUUCAUUCUUUCCUUCUUUCUGUCUUUUGUAG